GUACACUCCGAGGGCGAAACGGGAGGCUCGCUGGGCGCUGAGGCAUUAGCGGCUCAGAUGGCGCGCUUCAAGAGAGUAUCUUUACGAAAGCUACGGGCCUGGCGAUCCUGAGUGUGGCAGGUCUUCCGCCGGCUUGGUACGAGCCUGGCGAACCAUCGGGCCUCACUAUCAUCAGAACUCGGAUCACUCUGGGACUUUUUCCGCAUCGACAGAGAAAGGCGACGUUCAACCCCCGGUACUUAUGAACCAAUCGAUACCAAAUCACCAGCGAAACUCGCAAGAGACCUGUUCCAAGUUGUCCAAGAAACAGUAUUUUCUAAGAAGUUCGAAGAAAAAAAAUGUCCACUGGUCAAAGAAGAAUCCGACUUGAGUUCAGACGAUGAGGACGGUACCGAGAGACGAAUCGCUAAUCUCAUAGACUUCUUCUUCACAAUUGUGAAAAGCCAGAAGGAAGAAAGAAAGGGCAGUGGGGGGAGCUGCUUCAAGAGCGAAUCCAGUCCUGAAGAAAAGAAAUACGUACCAACGGUAGUGAAUACAGAAUUAGAGAAGAAAAUGGAAACUUUGAUUGAAUUCUUAGCUUCGACCGGCUGCGUUGAAAAGGACGACAAAGACGAUAAAAAGAUAACCUUAAUGGAGUUUCUCUUGACAGAGGAUAAAAAGUACGAAAAGCCGGUAAUUGAAAUAAACACUAAAGGAAUCAGCUUAUCCGAAUCGAAUGUAAAUGUUAAAAAUCUAACUUAUAUAGACGAGACACCAGGAGACGACGACAAUGAGACGCUCGUAGAAAUGCUUUUAAAAUACAUGGAAGGUUACAAUGGCAAAGAUAAGGAAUCCAAGUCGUUAUCAGUCACACCAUCGCUGUCUGAGAAGUCGAAAUCAGACAUGACGAUUAGUAAAUUGGAAACAUUCAGUGACAUGAGCAAAACGAAGUCAGACUCGACGUUAACCCAGACUCAAGACACGGUCAUCGACAGAGGAGAAGAAGGUGAAAAACGACGUAUCUCCGAAACAGUUAUAGAUUUGAGUUAUAUUAAAUCAGACCUCGAAGCUAUAUUUGAAGAAGCGAUACUAAGGGUGUGCGAAUUGAAUAUGAUAUUUGAAGACGACACGAUGAGUGAACAAGAAGACGUAGAGAAUUUUAAUACUUACACCAAACCUCAAUUGCAAUACGGCCCAAUGCCGUUCAGUGUUGAAUUAUCAGAUAUCAUUGAAGAGGAUGAACCGGAACCAUCUUCUCGGUGUGUCGAAAGGGAUGCUAUGACAGAAAUACGGGAAGCCGCAGAAGAAUUACUGAGAUAUAUAGAACAGAAAGUUGAAAACUACCCGUUUGAAGACAAUGAUAGUUCAGGUCCAUCGACAGAAGAAUACAGCCGGGAAUUCGAUUUAAGUCCGAAUUUAAAAUCAAUAAGUCUCGUAGAUUUAAGAAACAUCCCGGAUCUGCCGCCGAGUAUGAUAAUCAAACCGAAGGUUAUAAGAGUCGAUAAAUCGACAUCGACUACGGAAAUAUCCGAAUCGUUAUCCGAAUAUUCGAAACGCAUCGAUUCGGCUUGCAUGACGGAAGACACGACACUGAGUUCCAGUUCAGAGAGAAAUGAAAGAGCAUUAGACAAACUGGAAUCGUUGCAUCGAUUCUUCUCGAAAUCUCGACUAGAGAUUAUUGAUGAAAGCUUAGAAGAGAACGGGGAUAAGAUCAAGAGUCCCAAAGAAGUCGAGGAGGUUAAAAAUCUCGUUGAAUAUAAAGCGGGACAGACGAGUUUGGAUGAUGUGGAGGAUUUGCUAGAUGACAAUGAAAAGGAACGAGAUCUUAAGACAGAGGUCUUGUCGAAAACAGAUCUCUGUGGAGAAGUUUAAACAAAAUGACGAUCACUUUUAUACAACAAUGUUUUUUUACACGAAAAGUAGUUAAACAUUUCGA